AUGACGAGCAGCUUGCUAGCAGCGCUUAAAAGUCAGCAGGGGAAAGGUGCAACUGUCACCGUGUACCCCUUGAUUGAGGCCAAGUGGGAGAGCUUGUGGAUGGCCUUGAUUCAAAUAUUGGACUGCAUAGCAGUGAAGAGCGGCUCAGAAGAUGCCUGUCAGCGUGCUCUCAGGGAGCCCAAAGUGAAGGUAGAUCAGAAGGAUACCGAAGGCAUGAGCGCCCUGAUGUACGCUGCAGAGAUGGGACACAUGCAGAUAGUAAGAUUCUUGGUGGAGCGGGGCGCUAGAAUCUCCGCCAAAGAUGACGCGGGAGAAACGUCCUUGAUGAAAGCCUGCACAGGUGGGCACACAGAUGUGAUCAAGUUCCUGAUCGAUUCCCAACUGAUGCAACGCAAGAAGAGCGGGACCACCAUGAUGGGCGACGCGCAGAAGAACAUGCGCAUGGAUAGGCAGAGGAUCUUGGACGUCAAGGAUGAUGAUGGUGCAACUGCGCUGAUGAAAGCCGCGGAGCACGAUGAAUCGGAAGCCUUGCGGCUGCUGAUUGAUGAAGGUGCUUCCAUGGAUGUGAAGGACGACUAUGGCUGGACGGUCUUAAUGUGGGCCUCGUUGGCUGGGAGCAUUGACAUUUGCGAACUGCUGGUGAAGACUCACGACGCGGCCGCCGACUACGCGACGGAGCGCGGGGAGAAUGCCCUAAUGAAGGCGGCAGCCAAUGGCCACUGGGAUGUUUGCGAAUACCUGCUGGAUGAAGGUGCAAAGGUGAACCAGUUGGAUACCGAACAUCAGACGGCCCUGAUGUGGGCUGCUGCCUUUGGCCAUUCCUCCGUAGUGCAGGGCCUCAUCGGGCGAGAUGCCAAGGUGGAUUUGCCCUGCAAGGGCGGCAAGACCGCCCUGAUGAUGGCCUGCGCGCUGGGGCGUGAAGCGGUCGUACAGGAUCUGCUGAGCGCCAGGGCCAAGGUGGAACAGCAGGACUCAGAGGGCCACAAUUCGCUCUUCGGGGCCAUUCAAUGUGGGAGCCAGGACGUGGUGACGAUGCUGAUCCAACACAAAUGUCCCAUUGAGGCACACACCAAGAAGGGCGAGACGCCACUAAUUUGGGCGGCCAUGCAGCAGCAACUGGACUGCCUCAAGGUCCUCAUCACGGCCCGCGCCAACCUGAACGCUCAGGAUGAGAAUGGGCAAAAGGCCCUGGACCACGCAGAGGGGACCUUGAACAGCAAGGUCGUGGAGAUGCUACGUCAAGCCAUGCGGGCCGCGUCCUGA